AUGUUCUCACGUACGUCUCUUACCAUCAGAGUCUCCGGUAUCAGUCCGGAGACCGAGUCGACAGAGUCGUUGAAAGAGCGAUGUCGAGAGUUUACAGAUCUCAAGCCGAAGAAAACAUUUUUUCGGACGCGCCAUGAAACACAACUCCGUCCGCUGUUGGUCUCCCUAGCACGCCACGGUGACUCGGACAUGGGGACAGUCACCUUCCCAUCUCAAGGUUCCAAAAAACGAGCGCUAGACAGCCUUACUCUUGCAGGUUGGAAGGUCGACGAUACCUUUGCGGAUUUGACAGUGUUACACUCAGCACCAGAGCCUGAUCUUGAGUACGGCCCCCACCUCGCCCUCCUUUCCUCCUACAUUCCUUUUCAACCGGGCAAAUAUGCACAAUUGGGUAUUAUGCUAACAAGAAUCAGCAUCUGCGCAGUUCACGGCUUGAAUGGGAACGCCUUCGAUACCUUCGCCUGGGAAGGCCGGGAAAUGUGGCUCCGCGACUUUUUGCCCGAGUCACGGCCUUUUCAUCCUGAAUUCUCACGGGCCCGCAUUAUGACAUAUGGUUACAGCUCCUUGCUGCGAGAUAACAAGAAUACAACUGGGCUAGACGAAUGGUCCCUAGGGCUCCUCCAGAGUGUCUCGGCCGCCCGCAGAUCACCAUCUGUAAUCUAG